CUCCGUAAUGUUUUAAUUUUCGUACAUAUAUAUAUUUUUUUUCCCGAAUUAUACGUUCUCGCGAAUUCGGGCGUCGGAGCCAUGGAGGGAAUGGGCGGAGAAAACCCUAGGUUUUUCGUCGCUGUUCACGUUGGCGCUGGCUUUCACUCUCCAUCCAAUGAGAAAUCUUUCAGAAGAGCAAUGAAGAAAGCCUGCCUAUCCGCUGCUUCUGUUCUUCGGAAGGGUUCUGGCAGUUGUCUAGAUGCUGUAAUAAUUGCCACUCAAGUUCUGGAGGAUGAUCCAAUCACAAAUGCAGGUCGAGGCUCAAACCUGACAGAGCUUGGUCAUGUAGAAUGUGAUGCCAGUAUCAUGGAUGGUUAUUCUGGAGUCUAUGGUGCUGUAGGAGCUGUUCCAGGUGUUCAGAAUGCCAUAAAGAUUGCUGCUUGCUUGGCUAGAGAACAGAUAAUGGGGUCUACACUACUUGGUCGCAUACCUCCAAUGUUCUUAGUAGGUGAAGGUGCCCGCAAAUGGGGGAAGUCCAAGGGAGUUCCGUUGCCAGGAACUAUUUCAGAAGCUGAACGGUGGCUGAUAACAGAGAGGUCCAGAGGACAAUGGUUAAGGUACAAAUCUAUGCUUGCUGAUGCUAAGAAGCAGGAUGAGCCAAAUUUCCUACAAUCUACAAAUGAUUCUAAGAUGAAUGGAUUUCUGCCUCCAGGAUCAGUGAUUGAUGAUCAAUCUUUUGAUCUUGGAAGAGAAGCUGGAGAUACGGAUGCAGAACCACAUUCAAAGUAUAAGGCUGAUGAAGAUUAUAUUGCUGAUACAGUGGGAGUUGUUUGCGUUGAUGCUCUUGGGCAUGUAGCAUCAGGAGCAUCAAGUGGAGGUAUUGCUUUGAAGGUUGAUGGGCGCAUAGGAUUGGCCGCAAUGUAUGGUUCAGGAUGUUGGGCAUCAUCAAAAGAUCCAUUUGGAGCUGCAUUUAAUGUUGGUUGUUGUGCCACUGGUGCUGGGGAGAAUCUUAUGAGAGGUUUUGCUGCUCGUGAAUGCUGCUUAUCAUCAUCAUUAUCAAAUGAAGGUCCAGCUUCUGCUUGUAUGAAAGUUCUUCGUUCUGUGGUACGAGAAGGAAAUCAUUGCUCCCAUGAUAGUGGUGCUGGCGUUUUACUCGUGCAGGCUGAAACUCUGCAGGCUACAGAAAGUUCACCUCGACUGAAAGCUGUAGAGAUGGUUGCAGCUUACACGUCUUCAUCUUUUGGCGUUGGUUACUUCGGGAGCUCUAUGGAUCAUCCAAAGGUGUCAAUACUAAGGUCUACAAGACAAACAAAUUGCAGAGAUCUCAAUCAUUUUGCAGCUCGCAUCGACCUGAUCUCAAAAUCAAAUUAGAUUCUUGUAUGGUGAUCUGAAGCUGUAUGUUUGGUUGUAUGUUUUCAUUUUCUGUGGGCCUAAAUUAGAUGUCAAACACCUAAGUGAACAAAACUUACAAUUUUAGAAACAUUGAUAAAAACCAAAAGGUUACUGAUUACAAAUUCAUAAAUGUUCAAAAUUUUGAGUGAGAAUAAUCACAAUGAGCUUUGCAAUCA